AUGGAAUUCCUCAUAGAAAAUGCCACAAUGAAUAAAGAUAAGAUAACCAACGACGAUGGUGCGAAAAUUAUAGAUCUUGCUUUCCAAGCAAUGGAAAAAUUUAAGGAAGGUCAGGAUAUUGCUGUUUCACAAGAAGAAGAUACAAACUGGGGCUGUUUUCAUACAGAAGUUAAAACGGCACUAUUUCUACUUGAAAAGUUUGAAAAGUUCGAGUGUUACACAAGUCGUGAGGAGUUUUUGAGCUUUUUGAACGAAAAGAAUUUUGAACUUAACCAUUCCCAAUUGUUAGAACUAAUGAAAUUAUGCCCUUCUCUGGAAAAUCUUAAAUCAGACACACCCUCUCAAAGUCACUUAGAAACGUCACUGAGAAGUCUAGAGGAGAGAAAUUACCAAGUCAAAAGGCAGUUGUACACUAUAUAUUCUGAGGAUGAAACACUUUUGUUGAGACUUAGAGAAAGAUUUGAAAGAUUUUACGGCAGUCGGGAUAAAACAUCAAAAUAUCAAUUCACAUAUGGAAUCGGUUUAAAACCACUUAUGGUGGCCAAAGAGAAAAAGCCAAGAUUGUUAAAACAGCGUGUAGAAGAAGCAAAGAACAAUCUCGAGGGUCAUGAUAUUGAAACUGUAGAUGAAAGAGAUCUGCUUGUUUAUCUUGGUAACAAAAUUAUAAACCUUUCUAGUCAAGUUGGGAGUAAAGAAACAGACACAUGUAAUGGACACGAGUAUAAACGGCUUCUGUCCUACAGUACAAAGCUGGUUUCUAUUCAAACAACAUCUCCGAGAUCUAAGAGACUCUAUCUGGAAUCAUUUCUAUAUUAUGCAAUGCUACAUUGGCCUUUGAAGACUAGAACAAGCUUAGACUUAGAUGUUCUUGCUCGUCCGAGAAGUUAUGAGCAACUUAUCAAAGAUUGGGAAGAAGCGUACAAUGCAAACUUCUACAUUAAGAGUUCUGAGCAGUGCCGCAAAAACAGACCAAAGAACUAUUUUGCCUUAGGAAAAGGGAGCCCAGGUAAUGAUAUUGUUGAUUUAGAAUCAAUUAGAAAGGAGUGGAUGAACCGAAAAAAGAAAGCAUCGGGUCGUGUUCGGAGACCAGUAUUUGCAGAUUUCUUUUGGAGAGAAAGUUUUGUAGAAGAUAGACUAGAACGAUUAGACGGAACAGUCGAUGGCACAGGUCAUGUUGUGAUUCACAAGGCUGAAUAUCCCACUGGAACGCACACAUUCAGGAUUAACACCUACUACCCUUGUACAGUAUUGAGUAAUAGAGUGGUCACGUUUGUUCUUGGCUUUACAUGGAAAGGUCCAACAGCGUUUGAUGUAGAAGAAAAAGGAAAAACAUCCUCUCGCAGUUCGCCUGUUUGUGACGGCGGACCAAGUAGUCUAAACUCGGAGUAUGAGGCCGACACUAUGACAAGUGAUGCUAAAAAUGAUAUGGGAAAGGCGGCUGGCGUUAAAACUGACUUACAUACGCAACCAAUAUCUGCGAAUUCAUUUCCCAAAGAAGCUGCAUCAGAAAGUUGUCAGUCUCAUCUGGCAUCUGGGGGUCAAGGUGAAAUUGUCUUUAAAAAGUUUUUUUUCUCUUCAUUUAAGGUAUUUUUUAUGCUCUUCUGUAUAAAUGUAUGCUUCGUCAUUUUGUUUUCGAAAACAAAUGUGGUUAAUAAGGUUUACUCUUAAAUAUCAAGUAAGCGAUGGGUAAAAGUGUGCAGCAGCCUGCCAAAAUGACAGAUAAAUGUGAACAUCCGUCUGAAAAGGCGCCAGAGGAAAAACCGUAACAAUAAAAUAU